GACUCGAAAAUUCGUACAAAAAAACUUGCUUACAUGCGCGCCGACGACCCUACACGAAGCGCAUUGAAGCUCACGGAAACAAAAAAUGCUGUACUUUAUAGGUCUCGGUCUGGCGUCCGAAAAGGAUAUCAGCGUGGCUGGUCUUGAAGUCGUCAAGAAAGCGGACCGUGUCUACCUCGAAUCGUACACGGCGGUUUUGCUGGUGGGCAAAGGUGAACUGGAGGCCUUCUACGGGAGAGACAUCAUUCUCGCGGACAGGGAGAUGGUCGAAUCCCAAUCCGACGAUAUACUAAAGGAUGCGGAUAAAGUCGACGUAGCUUUUCUUGUGGUAGGCGAUCCGUUUGGAGCAACCACUCACACCGAUCUGUCUCUACGUGCCCGCCAGCAGUCCAUACCAACGCGUACCCUGCCAAAUGCCUCUAUCUUGACGGGCAUCGGUGCCACAGGACUGUCUCUUUACAAUUUCGGGCAAACCAUCUCAAUGGUAUGGUUUACGGACAAUUGGCGACCCACGUCAUGGUAUCCUCGCCUCCAAGAAAACACUUCUAUCGGACUACACACUCUGAUCCUACUUGACAUCAAGGUCAAAGAACCAGACCUUGACCUGCUGGCCAGGACAGGUAGGAUGAAGUACCUGCCUCCGCGGUUUAUGACUGUAGCAGAGUGUGCGAAGCAGAUGGUAGAGGUGGAGGACGAGCUGAAAGGUGGAGUAUGUGGCAAAGACGCACUAGCAGUUGGGGUGAGCCGUGUUGGCAGUGAGGACAUGCAGAUAGUGGCAGGCACUCUAGGCCAGCUGUGUCAGGCCGACCUGGGAAAGCCGCUGCACAGCCUAGUACUUGUGGGCAGGAGGGGACAUGAAAUCGAGAGAGACUUUCUGGAGGAGUUUGCCGUAGACAAAGAACUCUUCCGCGAGCUGUGGGACAGCAAGUACGGGAAGCAGACGUAAGGCGUUGGGUUGAAUUUGUCCAUGUUGACACGAUACAGCCAGAGGCAUCAAACAGGUUGACUGUCAUUUUAGCUCAAACCCAAAUAAUUAAAUAGCCUCGCUCUUCAGGGACAGGUUUCAAGACUGUUCCCGUAAGAUGGAUUGAUGUCCUAAUUGAACAAGCGAAGGGCUAUACAUUCAUUUGCGAGAAUUGAUCCGUACCUUGCUUGACUUGCUUUGAGGC